ACGGCCCUACUGCUGCUCUGACACUGCUGUGAUCAGCUUCCCGGACGUCGGUGUUGGACUCUCUUCUCUACCUCGACGACCAACCCGGAUUCACCGUUGACCAACCAAAUUCAACUUCUACAGCAAUCUACAGCAGUUCUGAGGCAUUUGCACGUCCUCUCUAAGCAAGCACCUGCAGCAGGAAUGGCAGGCAUCAUGGGAGGAGGCUGGAAGUGGCUGCGGGUUUUGGUGCUCUUUCAUGUUCUCGCGAGAGCGUCGGCGGGCGGGACAGUUUCGAUCAAUAUCAAAGACCUGGGCGCUAUCGAAGGGAUCCAAUCGCUGGACAUCCGAGGGAACUAUGACGGGCAACUCUCCAAGGGCGUCAGUGGCAAGGCUUCGUACGUGUUCAACAAGGAUCGCGUCUUGCCGGCUGGGCUAAGCGCGUCAUCGAGCACGGACACCGCGUACGGAAAAGCCUUCGGGACGGUAACCGUUGACCCUCAGGACAAGACGGCCGUAGUGGAAGGAUCGAUCCGGAACGAGGAGCUCGGGAUGUUUUCGACGACUUUGAAGGCCAGCGAGAAGGAGGGCGGCGUGCUUGGCCCGUUGAAGUGGACAAGCAACCCGGUGUCGUUUCCCUUCGCCUUGCAAGAAGCCACCCCCAUGGUGAUCGCCAUUGCUCACGACAUCAACACGAAGGAGGGCCACCUUAGCAUCGCGGCCAAGCUUAAUAGCAACUUCGACGGGAAGCUGAUGCUCCCUUCUCAGGGAGAUCCGGUCGCAACAUUGGUUGGGUCGCACAGCCCGGACAAGGCUUCGGACAUCCGGGCUUCCGCGAACGUGCUGGACUUGGUGGGGUCGGGAUUCGGCAAGGGGGCGAUCGGCGUAACAUACCGACGCGACUUGGACGCUGUUGCGGGAUCGAGCUCGAGGGUAACGCUCGAAGGGAAGGACACCGGUGACUUUGCGUGGAGCCUCAGCAACACCUCAAAGCGAAUGACGCUAGUGCUUUCCGGCAGGGGCCGAGUUGCCCGGAGAGGCGAGGGCACCGGAGUAGGGAGUACGGUCUCCCUCAGGCAGAGCUUUCGGAUGUUUUAGACUGACACACGCCCUCAAUCGGCAGGGAUCAAGCUCGAGGGUAACACUCGAAGGGAAGAACACUGGUGACCUUGCGUGGAGCCUGAGCAACACCUCAAAGCGAAUUACGCUAGUGCUGUCCGGCAGGGGCCGAGUUGCCCGGAGAGGCGCGGGCACCGGAUUAGCGAGCACGGUCUCCCUCAGGCAGAGCUUCCGGAUGUUUUAACCUGCUUAGAUCCCUCCGACAAACGCCCGCUCUGUUUCGCAUGGUAGUGCGGUGCCCAAUGUUCGGCUGUAGCGCCUAGGGGUAAGCGUACGUUACGUAUAUUAUUUAAGGGUUUCCUUCGUCUGGGAUGCAAGUACUGUAUUUGGUGGUUGAGAGCAUCCGCACGUGGCGGUGGUCUGGUGUCGACGCUGGCUUGCAUACCGCCGUGAUUGUUCUGAUUUAUUUUGUUCCGUUGUUUUCGUCCUUGGGGAUACUGGAAAAUGUUGGGGCAGGGAAACUGAGGCAGGGUCUCAACGAGUUGCUAAGCUGCCUCUACGAGUGGGUGUGGUUGGAGCGGCUGAGUCAUUUUAUUUCGCCGUUGUUCUUAUUUCCAUAGUUUUGAACCUCGAUUUCCUGUGAGGAUGUUUAUUGUGAGCGUGCCAGCACUGUAUGGUGGCGCUAUGAUUUUGAUGUGUAUGGGCACAAUUCGACCGUAUUUUUGAGUUCGGCGACUGCUGUCAAACUUGUCCGUGGUGGAGUACCCACUUUCCGCUUUAGUAGUGAGGUCGUCGCUGCGUUCCUUUGAAGAAGUAAUGCAAUGUGUUUUAUUCCGUGG